AUGAGGAGAGGAAUGCACGUUAAUUACCGCUCUUACCGCUCUAAUGAGAAUCGCGGUGUGACUGGUCAUACUCCUCAGGACCGUUAUACCGUCCAACAAGAAGCUCGAUUUAACACACACCAGCAACAUCGUCAAUCGGCGUCGUUAGUGGUAUAUAAUAAUCAAGGAACAACAAGUGAAAGGAGCAGUUUGGCAAAUACGUAUAGUUUAGAAGGAAUGAUUGCAUAUAUCCGCGAUAAUCCAAGUGCGGCUCUUGGUGUACAUGAACACCUCACUUACGCACAAUAUCCGCGAAAUCAUAAUGUGCCGCUCGUAUCGUCUACACCUCAAACUCCGAAACGCACUCUGGAAACCAGUGCUAAUGAUGGUGCCCAAACAGCCAAACAACAACGAGUACAGUCUAACGGCAAUCGACAAAAUACUGAUCGAAUAAAUUCGCCAAUCGCUCCUCAGCUCGUAUGCCAACCAAAUGCUCAACAAAAUCAGGUAACAUUGCAACACAAACGAAUACAACCUCAACAACAUCGUUUGCCGUUCGAUCAAUUGAAACGCGCUGUAUCGAGUAAUUUACCAUGCUUUCUAGUCGAAUACAAUCCAUCGAUGCCCCAUCAAGAUCGACCAUCUGAUGUAACAACGGCCAGAAUGAUUGAAGAACAUUUCUUGCGACAUGGAAUUUCGAUCACGUUUUCACUCGUCGGUCAUGUAGGUAAUAAAUUGAAACUUGGUGUUAAUAAUAAAGAGGUUUAUGCAACGUUAAAUACAACCGAUAAUUGGCCAUCGCAAAUUAACAACAUCGCUAUCACAGUGAUCAAACCAAAAUAUAUCCCUGAUUCAUUCGCUCUGGUUGUUCGUUAUGUGCUUAACCAGUAUGACGACGAAUUGGUAAAAGACGAAAUUCAACAAAAUCUACAAUCAGCUGAAAAUAUAAAAAGAAUUCGAUACUCGUUCCAACGGAAAUCAAACGACUUUCGGUUCACCGUUAAAGAUCUUCGCGAAUACAAUGCUACGCUGAAACUAGGCCGAAUAUCAAUUGGCAAUACGCUCUGUAUUAUCACCCCCUUUUUGACAGGAAAUCGUAUGACAUACUGUACGCGAUGCUGGUGUUUAGGCCAUAUGUGA